CGCUCCCCGCGCCGCCCGCCGCCACUUCGGCGGCUCCUCCGAGCAGCACCGCGGCUCCGGCUGCCGGGGCGGCCGCCGCGCCCGAGCCGCCAAUGCGGGGGAUAUCUGCGGGGAGGCAGCGGCACCGCGGCGGCGGGGAGGGCAGGUGAACUCCGGGGAAGGAUGACCGGCGUCGCCGCGAUCGUCUUUCUCCUGCAGCUCUUGCCCAAGGCGGGGGGACAGGUCUUCGCAGGUGGUUGUUCAUUUGAUGAGCACUACAGUAAUUGUGGUUAUAGUGUGGCCUUGGGAACCAAUGGAUUUACCUGGGAGCAGAUCAAUACCUGGGAAAAGCCAACAAUGGAUCCUGCUGUCCCAACUGGCUCCUUCAUGAUGGUGAACAGCUCUGGGCGGGCAUCGGGGCAGAAAGCUCACUUGCUGUUGCCUACGCUGAAGGAAAAUGACACACACUGCAUCGACUUCCACUAUUACUUAUCCAGCAGAGACCGUUCCAGUCCUGGUUCUCUGAAUGUCUACGUGAAGGUGAACGGAGGACCACAGGGCAAUCCCAUAUGGAAUGUCUCGGGGGUUGUUACAGAAGGAUGGGUGAAAGCAGAACUUGCUAUCAGCACAUUCUGGCCACAUUUUUAUCAGGUGAUAUUUGAAUCUGUCUCUCUGAAGGGACAUCCAGGGUACAUAGCUGUGGAUGAAGUCAGAGUUCUCGCCCAUCCAUGCAGAAAAGCACCUCAUUUCCUACGACUUCAGAACGUGGAGGUUAAUGUGGGGCAGAACGCAACAUUCCAGUGCAUUGCUGGAGGGAAGUGGUCACAGCAUGACAAACUCUGGCUCCAGCAGUGGAAUGGAAGGGACACAGCAUUAAUGGUCACUCGGGUGGUCAACCAUAGGCGUUUUUCUGCUACUGUCAGUGUAGCUGACACCUCUCAACGCAGUAUCAGCAAGUAUCGAUGUGUCAUUCGUUCAGAUGGUGGAUCUGGAGUUUCGAAUUAUGCAGAAUUAAUAGUGAAAGAACCCCCAACUCCUAUCGCCCCUCCUGAGCUGCUGGCUGUCGGAGCCACGUACCUGUGGAUCAAACCCAACGCCAACUCCAUCAUUGGAGAUGGGCCCAUCAUAUUGAAGGAGGUGGAGUAUCGGACGACCACUGGGAACUGGGCAGAAACACACAUUGUAGACUCUCCUAAUUACAAACUGUGGCAUUUGGAUCCUGAUGUGGAGUAUGAGAUCAGAGUGCUGCUCACUCGCCCUGGAGAAGGAGGCACAGGGCCCCCUGGACCACCGCUCACGACAAGAACCAAAUGUGCAGAUCCCGUGCAUGGACCCCAAAACGUAGAAGUUGUUGAUAUUCGCUCCCGGCAGCUGACAUUGCAGUGGGAGCCCUUUGGUUACGCGGUGACCCGCUGCCACAGCUACAAUCUCACAGUCCAGUACCAGUAUGUGUUUAACCAGCAAAAAUUUGAGGCAGAGGAACUCAUCCAAACUUCUUCCCACUACACUUUGCGAGGUCUUCGGCCCUUCAUGACCAUCAGGCUGAGGUUAGCCCUCUCUAACCCAGAGGGCAAAAUGGAAAGUGAGGAGUUGGUUGUGCAGACUGAGGAAGACGUUCCUGGACCUGUUCCCUUGGAAUCUAUCCAGGGAGGACCUUUUGAAGAGAAGAUCUAUGUUCAGUGGAAGCCUCCAAAUGAGACAAAUGGUAUCAUUACACUCUAUGAGAUUACAUACAAGGCCGUUGGGUCUCUGGAUCCCAGUGCUGACCUGUCCAGCCAAAGAGGGAAAGUCUUCAAACUAAGGAAUGAAACACAUCACCUCUUUGUAGGAUUAUACCCAGGGACUACGUAUUCAUUCACCAUCAAAGCCAGCACAGUCAAGGGCUUUGGGCCACCCAUCACAACACGGAUUGCAACUAAGAUUUCAGCACCAUCAAUGCCUGAAUAUGACACGGACUCCCCCCUGAAUGAGACUGACACCACCAUCACCGUUAUGCUGAAGCCCGCUCAGUCCCGGGGAGCACCUGUCAGUGUCUAUCAACUUGUUGUGAAGGAGGAGAAGCUGCAGAAAGCACGGAGAGCUGCAGACAUCGUUGAGUGCUUCUCUGUCCCAGUGAGCUACAAGAACGCUUCCAGUCUUGACUCACCACACUACUUUGCAGCUGAGCUGAAACCCAUCAACCUGCCCGUCACGCAGCCGUUCACAGUGGGCGACAACAAAACCUACAACGGCUACUGGAACGCUCCACUUUCGCCCCUGAAAAGCUACAGCAUUUACUUCCAGGCUCUUAGCAAGGCAAAUGGAGAAACAAAAAUCAACUGUGUCCGGCUGGCAACAAAAGGAGCUUCCACCCAGAAUUCCAAUGCAGUGGAACCAGAAAAACAAGUAGACAGCACGGUGAAAAUGGCCGGAGUUAUAGCUGGUCUUCUGAUGUUUGUUAUCAUCCUCUUGGGAGCAAUGCUUACCAUCAAGAGAAGAAGAAAUGCAUAUUCCUACUCCUAUUACUUGCAUUCAAGCCAAUGUUUUAGGGGCCUCUCUGUCUUCUACAGGACCAGGAAGCUAGCCAAGAAGCAGAAGGAGACUCAGACCAACACGCAGAGGGAGAUGGGUCCUGUGGCUACUUCUGACAAGACCUCUACCAAACUCAGUGCUGUUCACAAUGAAGAAGCUUUUUCUUCCAGCUGCCAAGAUGUUAAUGGAUUCACAUCACCCUCUCCUUGUUCAUUUUCUGUCCAAAGCAAAACCCUUCAGAGCAAAUCUUUGUUGAAUACCUACUACUCAGUAUCAUCAGACACUGUUCCAUCGACCACGCUGUUAGGUAAGAAGACAGACAGUAGCCAUGGAGAGAUGACCCAGCCAACCCUGACUAUCCAGACCCACCCGUACCGGAGCUGCGAGCCGGUGGAAAUGUCCUACCCCCGGGGGCAGUUCCAGCCAGCCAUCCGAGUGGCCGACCUGCUGCAGCACAUCACCCAGAUGAAGCGAGGACAGGGCUAUGGAUUUAAAGAGGAGUAUGAGGCACUACCCGAGGGGCAGACGGCAUCCUGGGAUACAGCCAAGGAAGAUGAAAACCGCAAUAAGAACAGAUAUGGAAACAUAAUCUCCUAUGAUCAUUCAAGAGUGAGAUUGCAACUGCUGGAUGGGGACCCUCACUCUGACUACAUAAACGCCAAUUACAUCGACGGAUACCACCGGCCUCGCCAUUACAUUGCAACUCAAGGGCCAAUGCAAGAGACAGUGAAGGAUUUCUGGAGAAUGAUUUGGCAAGAAAAUUCUGCAAGUGUUGUCAUGGUCACCAACUUGGUGGAAGUGGGCAGGGUAAAGUGUGUUCGAUACUGGCCAGAUGACACAGAGGUCUAUGGAGAUAUUAAAGUCACAUUAAUUGAGACAGAACCGUUGGCAGAGUAUGUCAUACGCACAUUUACUGUACAAAAGAAAGGCUACCAUGAGAUCCGAGAGAUUCGGCAGUUCCACUUCACCAGCUGGCCAGACCACGGGGUUCCUUGCUAUGCCACGGGCCUCCUGGGCUUCGUUCGUCAAGUGAAGUUUCUCAAUCCCCCAGAAGCAGGACCCAUUGUUGUGCACUGCAGUGCUGGGGCCGGGAGAACAGGGUGCUUUAUUGCCAUUGACAUCAUGCUUGACAUGGCAGAGAACGAAGGUGUGGUAGAUAUAUUUAACUGUGUGCGAGAGCUGCGAUCCCAAAGGGUCAAUCUGGUGCAGACGGAGGAGCAGUAUGUAUUUGUCCAUGAUGCCAUUUUGGAGGCAUGUCUUUGUGGCAACACGGCCAUUCCAGUUUGUGAGUUCAGAUCCAUAUAUUACAACAUCAGCAGACUAGAUCCACAGACCAAUUCCAGCCAGAUAAAAGAUGAGUUUCAGACACUCAAUAUUGUGACACCACGUGUUCGGCCAGAAGAUUGCAGCAUUGGUCUUUUGCCAAGGAACCAUGACAAGAACCGCUGCAUGGAUGUGUUGCCCUUGGACCGGUGCCUGCCCUUCCUCAUCUCUGUGGAUGGCGAAUCAAGUAACUACAUCAAUGCUGCACUCAUGGAUAGCCACAAGCAACCUGCUGCCUUUAUUGUAACCCAACACCCUUUGCCCAACACCAUAGCAGACUUCUGGAGGCUGGUGUUUGAUUAUAACUGCUCCUCUGUUGUGAUGCUGAAUGAGAUGGAUGCAGCACAGCUCUGCAUGCAGUACUGGCCAGAGAAGACAUCCUGUUGUUAUGGCCCAAUUCAAGUAGAAUUUGUUUCAGCGGACAUUGAUGAAGAUAUCAUCAACCGGAUAUUCCGGAUCUGCAACAUGGCCAGGCCUCAGGACGGAUAUCGCAUAGUUCAGCACCUGCAGUACAUUGGCUGGCCAGCAUACAGGGACACUCCUCCUUCCAAACGCUCCCUCCUGAAGGUGGUCAGAAGGUUGGAGAAGUGGCAGGAACAGUACGAUGGGAGAGACGGACGGACUGUUGUCCAUUGCCUGAACGGUGGGGGACGCAGCGGCACCUUCUGUGCCAUCUGCAGCGUGUGUGAAAUGAUUCAACAGCAAAAUAUCAUUGACGUGUUCCACAUAGUGAAAACAUUACGGAAUAACAAAUCCAACAUGGUGGAGUCACUGGAACAAUAUAAAUUUGUAUACGAGGUUGCACUGGAAUACUUGAGUUCCUUUUAGCCCAGUGGAGGGAGGGGAGCCUCUGGAAUGCCAGACCCCAAUCCGUGGCAGACGCUUCUCCCCUCUCCCACACUGGAAGGCAGUAACAAGUGUGGGAAGGAAAACCUCUCCUUCCCGGAGCAAGAGACUGAGAUUGCACAGACCUCGCUGGAAGGAGGAGAUGAUGCCUGUGUUUGCUGCUGCCUGCUUUCUAUUGGAACAUCUACUGCUUCUUAAAUAACCUACUGUAAAAAUUAGCAAAAUGGGAGACAGGCUGAAAGACUGGACUUUCUAAUGCCCUCUGACUUCUUCUCUCCUCUUUUGGAUUGUAUUUUUGCUCUCUUUGCUGCAGAGUGGGGAAGGAAUGAAACCCUUAGGAAAUUCUCUUUUAAAUGUCUCCUUUUUAAUUUAUAAUUUUGUUCUCAAAUCCCAGUCUUUAAUUUUUUAAUUUUAUGCAGCAGUCAUUUGGGAAAAAUGAGAUAGCCAUAGGGGAUAUAUGAAAUGUUUCAUUACAAUUUGUCUACCUUAUCUGUCUCCUUUUAUUUGUUUUUCCAAAUGAAAAGGCCAACACAAAAAAACCCCGCUGGAAUUCUCUUCCCAUAUGUAGUCCCUUUUAGCAUGAAAAUAGAUGGUGGAGAUGAGAAGCUGUUCAUGGAUUCACUGCCUUGGCUUCUACACAAAUGUUUGCUCCCAGUUUCUGCUAGGCUCCCAAGGCUGUGCAUGAGCCGGUUACAUCUCUCGGGUCUGUGUUUGUUUCAGUGCCGGUGAAGCAAUACCAUUAAUGAGUUUCCCAGCCACUUAAACCUUAAAUAUUUGCAUCAAACAAAUUGCAUUUGUCUUGCAACUUUUGGUAACUUUGUUACCAUAUUUUUCAAGUAUUUGCUGGGGUGCAGUGUGUCUUUGAAAAACAGGGUAUAAAGUAGGUAUUAUUGACUAUAUACUAUGUAUUAUUUUUUAUUUAUUAUUUGUAUUGCUAUAGAACUUAGGACCCCUAGUCACGACAGGACCCUGCUGAACUAGGCACUGUGUAAACAGAGAACAAAGAAAGUUCCUGCUCAAGAGCUUAAAAUCUGAAGGUAAUCUUAAAAUUGGGUUUAGUCAAGGUUUCCUCACUAUAUCCAAACUGUUGUACAGUCAGAUGUAUUUGAGUGAUUUAUUCAGAUUUCAAGGCUACACAAGCUUCAAAAUGGUAACCCAUCCAAGCUGUAGGAAAGGUGAUGUACAUACACAGAAACCUAUUCUGACAUGUGUUAAGAAAAGUGUUAGACUAGCACAGCAACUUUCCUUCUUAAGCAAAACAGCUUUUGUUUUGUUCUGCAAAAAUGCCUGUGCAACUCUCCGUCUUUGAAACAAACACCAGAUGUGUUUUGCCAUGGUUCUGGAUCUCACUCUGACUUCUUAGCAGCUAAGAAAUUGCUUUUCUGAAAGAGUAUGUUUAAGCAGUUAAUCAUUAAGGUCUGCAGGGUAAUCUUGGAGAAAAAAAUAAUUGAAUGAACAAGUCUUUACAAUAUUCAGUAUUUCAAUUUAUCCAUUUAUUUAUCUUGAGGGUGAGUGGAUACAAGGUUGCUCUGUGUGUAAAUUAGAUUCUGGGAGAUGUAGGCUUCUUCAAAUACAGACUUGCUAAAAGGUAGACUGAAGGUAAGAGUUUAAGGAAACUCCACUUUCUUACUACCUUGUAGUUUUCCACCCUCAGGUAAAUACUCAGAGACUGUGCUGGGAGCUCUGUCAUGUCAAUACCUGGCAUAGAGCAUGCCAGAAAUUAAAAAAAAAAAAAAAUCCUGAUUCUGUAUGUAAAUUCAAAAAGCACCUCUGCUUCAUGGUCAUUCUUUUUUUCAAUAGUCAUACCUUUGCCUUGACAAUGAAGGAUGAAAACUAAAUCUGAUAAAAGCAACUCUCAACUCAAACAUACCAGUAUCUAACCAAAAACUUGUCAUCACUACCAGGACCUGCAGCAGUCUAGGGAAGGAUGCUUGGAACAGCAAUAACCCUCUUCUUGCUAAGCAGAGAAGGGGCUUCAUAGGAUGCUGAACUGCCUAACUCGUAUUCUUGCCAGGGAGCUUUGGAUUUUUGGCUUGUUCCAAGUGGAUAUCAUGAAGGUCUUAAACAACCUUGAACCACAUUGCCCCUGAUGUAGCCAGUGUGCCGUAAAGUAUUGGUGAGAAUCCCCUCACAGGUGCCUCUGCUCUGUUUGUAGUUGGUCCUUUCUGUUGAUUUCAUGAUUUCUUGCAGAGACUUUUGGUUUCUCUUGGGGCCGCAGGUGGAUGUCUGGCAUCUCAUGAAACAAACUACUGGUUUUAAUUGUCUGUAGUUUUUUUGUUUUGGUUUGUUUUUUUUUUUUUUUUUUUUUACUUUUGCCACUAAGCAACACAAAUGAUUCUGCAGAAACAAAUGAAGAGAAAGCAAACCUAUGAGAUAAAAAUGAGAAGGAAGGCAUAAUAUUACUGCUUUGAUUACAGGUGGCUUGCUGUAACAGUGUAGGUCAGGAGUUAGGAGCCAUUAUCAAAGAAGAGGGGAGAGGGAAUCCUGAUCCCAGAACAUGAAUUUUCAACAACUGCCCAGAUAGGAAGAAACUACAAGUCAGCAAAGUGUUCGUGACUUUGCUAACUCCAGGAAACCAAAGGGAAUCACUCCCUGUGGAUACUAUGGAAAUAUUAAUUAAUAUUUAUCAUUCUAUUAAUUGUACUUGGAAACUAGCAUAGUAAUAGGUCCCCCUCAUGAGUUAUUGAAAGACUGGUGCAAGCACUGAGCGUGACAGCCAAGAUAAAAGGAAGAAAGAGGUAGAAGAAAUGGCAAAAUGACUGAGACGUGAAGUGUAGGAGGUAAUUCAGGGCUGAACGAUAACAUGAAGGAAAGUGGAUUAAAAAGCUAGAAGUAAGCCCACAGAAGGGCUGUGUGCAUGGAGAGAAGAAGGUGUUGGAUGAGCAGAGCAGAACAGCACUUUCAGUGGAGUAGUUGUUUAAGGUCUUGAGGUAGGUUUGAAUGUGUUUUAUGGUAUGAAAAAUGCUAUGAAAGGCUCAGAUACGUGUAUCAGCUGACCCACAACUCACCAUGGGCUUUUAGCCCUCUGCAAAUGCCAAGUGACAUUAGCUUAAACUGUGGGGAAAGAUAUUUAAGCUAAAUUUUACCUUGUAUUUGCAAGGAAGAAGUUUAAUGCAAAUUUUGGUUACCACAGCCCAACUGCUGGUCACAGCUUAUUAUGUGGCAACUCAGCCUCGUGUCUCAAUGUUCUUCUAAUGUCCAGCCUACCAUCCGUGUGGAAGGAUGCUUAGCAAACACCACAGAUUAUGUUGCCAAGUUGUUAUCAUGCAGUUACGUUGCUUUUGGGGGACUGACCCAGCUCCAGUCUGUGCUGGCUUAUGGAUCUUUAUGCAGUUCCUUACUGCACAAUGCAUAUAUGCUGAAUGUGAAUUAAUGAUGAAGGGAAUUGUGUGGAAAGAGAAGAGAAGCUCGCUUUAAAUAACCUUAUUACUUUGAGGUUGUUUAAACCCCAGAGAACAGCCUAUAGCAAAAUAGGUAAUGUGUUUGAAGCAAGAUCAUGGAUCAUGGGUUUGUUUUUGCUGGGAAAGAGAGAAGUUAUGAGAUGAGAUAAAGGAGGCUUUUUCAUUCCUGAAAGGAUUAAUAGUCAGGGCAAGCUUUCCAACCUAAGCAUCCCCUGCUGUGGAUGGAAAGUGAUAAUGUACAGUAGAAAAGGUGAAUUCCUCAAUGACUAAAUUUUACGCUGGAAGAAUACAAUAUUGACAAUAUUUGAAUGGCCAUAAUGAAGGUAAACUUACUCCCAUUCAGACAUCUUCAGGGGUGAGGGAGCAUCGCUUAUUGAUAGCAUAGUCAUAGUUUAAAGUUUAGUCUGAAAUACAGGGGACUAGAAAUAGGUAAAGAUGGGUGCUUCAGGGGUGACUAUCUCAUACAGGAGGUAACUAACAAAUUAUUAAGGGAUGUAACUGAAGCAAAGCAUUCCAGAGCUAUCUAGGCUGGCUGCUGGAGAAGGAAGAGCUGAGCUGUCUGCAAGAAAGAGAUAGACCAAAACCCCUAAAAGGUACAGUAGGUCUUAACAAUCUUUUCUUUUCGUAGUUUUGUGUUUGUUUGGUGGUGGUUUGUGGGUUUGGUUUGGGUUUUUGUUAAUUAAAAUCUCCGCAGGAGCUGUGUUCUAUUCUGGGUUGUUUUUUUUUUUUUUCCCUUCAAAUUACCUAUAAGGAAACAGGCAUCUGACCUCCUGUAAAUAGACAUGAGGUACUUGAUUAUUAACGUAAAGAGAAGAGACCAUGCAAGGGAGUACAGUGUAUAUGUGAAGGUAACAGAAACAGGACCUCUGGUAGCAAGCAAGCAAAUUGGAAUUUGGUGGUUUUAUUUAUGUCUGCAGAUUGAAAUAAUUGGUUGUCUCUGAUCAGGGAAGUCCCUGGACUAAGGUUAGUAGGAAGCCUUUCAAUUUGUGAUUUAAAUUCUUCAGCAAGGUUGCACAGAAUUAUGUCUUUCUGGUGGGUCCCUCUUAAUUUAUUCACAUUUUAGCCAUUUAUGUGAGCUAGAGUUGUCCAUUUUGGUCCGAGGACAACAGGCAGUUAGCAAUGAAAGAAAGUUUUUACAUGCACUGAAAAGCUGCAUCUUUAGUGGCCUUUAUCCCCAAAUCAAACCACCAUUUCUCUACCACCACCUCUCCUGCUCAGCCCCUGCCCAUGUGCACACACGUGUCCGGGUAACUCCCAAAAAGGAGACAGAGAUUUGGGGAAAUGCCUGUGACACCCAAUCAGUCUGGCCCCUGUAACUUUGUAGGGCAGAGGAGGGAAUCCCCAAACUUCUGCCUAGAGCAGAAUACAUUUGUGUGCCAGUAGUUUCCAGUCUUUUAUUCUGCAUCCAUAAACUCCCUGCUCGGUGAAUAAAAUGCUCAGUGGCAAUGUAGACCCCGUAGUAGUAGAUUUAAGUCAGCGGGUGGUAGACUUGUUUUUCCAUUUACUUUUCACAGGCCCUUUAGAAGUAAUUUUUGGGGUUUCCCUUGGGAAUCUCCAGCCAGGGAUUGCUGGUCACUGCUCUUGGUGCACUCUAGAGUCAGAGAAAGGAGAGAGGCUCCUGCAGCAGGUGAUUCAGAAGGUGUUUAAGCCAAUUGCCAUCUGGAAGAGAAGGAAAGGAGAUGAAAUCUCCUUUGGAAGAAACCAAACAUUGAGGAGGAAGCAGAUUAACUGGAGUCCUGAAACAGGUAGGAAGUCUGCACCUUGUUCUGUCUCUCAUUCUUGCACAGCUGCUCUUACAUCUUUCUUACUCUUCUGAGUUCAUGCCAAGAUCAUAAAAAAACAGGUAAUGCCACAUUCCAUGCUGUGGAGCUCUGUGGAGACAGGGCAGUCAGAGUGUAACAGAGGGAAAAAAUCCUGAGGGACAAAUAUAAAAGAUUUGCUUGAGAGAGGAAUCUUCAACUACGAGGUGCCUCUAUCUGUCACACUUGGAGAAUUCUUAAUAAGUCAUCCCAGAGAAGCACGUGGUCCUGGACGUGCAAUGCAGUGGAAAUGUUCUGCUUGGAAAGCUUCAUUGUCCUGUAAUAAAUUUAAACAAUCAACUCCAUUACAUUGGUAGCGCAGUUAACUUUUAUGGUAUUUCCAGCCAGUGCAAGGGGCAUCUCAAGAACUUUGUGUGAGCCUGCUGUAUUUUCAUUUGAGUGUACAAACUUGAGUCAACUCUGGUUUGUUAGAAAAAUAAAAGGGGCCAUGUGGCAAAAGUUACUCAGCAUAACCACGGCCUUUGGGUCAAAAAUUCAGUAUACCUCCUAGGAAACUGUGAAACGGUAGAACAAACUACUGCAUCUUUCCCGCACAGAUGUUUACAGGAGUAGAACUGGGGGGAGCCAGCUAAUUAAAGUCAGGGAGACAGAAGUGAAUAAUAAGGAUUCCAUUAGCCCUCCUGUGUUCCUAUUUAUUUAGAUUGCAGUCUUCUAUAGCCAUACAUACAUAAUAUACAAUUUAAAUGCAAGUGCUCUUUCCCUGUUCCCAAAAUACCCACAGCUCUUCUUUCAUCGAGGGCGAGCCAACAGCAUAGCAAGCAAAGCCCACUUUCUGCAGUUUUGGCAAGGACCACUAGGAAAAUCUAUCAUGUAUUAUCUGUUCAUUGACUUGGAAAAGGUAUCAGUCAUCUUCCUCGUGUACAUACUUGAAGAAUGUACAGUUUGCUGUAACUGUCAAGCAAAAUCAUACAUUUUCAUAUAUCAAGACCAAAUCCUGGUGGUACUGAGUGUGAUGGAAAGAAAAAAGAAAAAUCUUGCUGCCUUCCAGUGACCUCUAGUCUAUAAUCUUUAUUUGCUGUGUUGAAAUAUUUUAAAAGCCUCCCUUGUAAAAAAUAAACUAUACUCAGAAUAUCCCACAGUUUCAUGUUGGACUAGCAUAAUUGUGAAAACCUGGCAGCUUUUUCAGUUUGUAAAAAUAUGAGAGAUCUAAAUUAGCCUUUCCAUCCUUGUCCCAGUGCAUGCAGCAGAUUUUUCACCACUAUUCUGUUUUCAACUUGAGCCUUAAGAACUAAAAUAAUGCAGCAGACUGAAUGACAGUUGCUGGUGUUCCCAUAGUGUUUCCUGGUGGAAAAAAACAAACCAAAACAAACAAUCAAACAAACACCCACAAUACAAACAAAAAAAAAAGGAAAAAAAAAAAAAAAAAAAGAAAAAUGAAAAAUAGAAAUAAUGAAUGGGGAACAAACUAAAAUGUUUUUCUGCAACCCAAUUACCCAAUUCGGCAUGAGCUGUUUCUAAGCAGUAUAAACAUGAGCCAGUCCACGCCACUUUGUCUGGAGCAAGGAUUUGCCUAUUGCAAGGUGAAGGUACACUGUAGAUGGACCCUCUGGGACCAGUCCUGAUAUUUCAUAUAUAGGUAUCCAACAGCAUAGUGGUUACUUCAGCGGAGGCUAAAUGACAGCGUUUCAGUGGAGAUAUUUUUCAUUGGGAGAUCAGGUACCCUGAAACACUGCUAUUUGGGGGACUUUGUAAGAUUCCUCAAGCGUGUUGCACUACAGAGAUUUAUUUCCUUGUGUGAGUACAUCAUCUUUCAAUGGGGACUUGCAGGAAAUCUUACUUGUGUGAAAUUAUGGAAAUGAGUGUGUUUUCAGGGAUGGAAGUGGGAGUGUGGCCAGCACUUCACAAGCUUUCAUGAAUUUAGAUAUUCUAACGUUAAAGACUCCCCAGGAAAAAUGGUGGUCAGUUGUUUGCAUUGCUGAAGGUCUAACCAGACUUCAUGUGAUGGACUUUCAUGUACCUGGAACAGAACUGGCAUUACUCCCCCGUCACCCCUGUAGCCCUUUCUUACAUCUCCAGCACUUAAAUACUGUACUUCUAUGCCAAAAGUUGAGCUGUAUCCUUAACACAUCCUUUAACCCCUACUGACUCACCACAUUGACAAAAUUCACUCCUGUAUUGAUUUAAUCUCCUUCCUUUUCUUCCCCCCCUUCCUCCCCCACCCCAACCCUGUUGAAAUCAAAAUCUACUAGCAUCACUUGUUGCCAGACCUGGCGCUCCUUCACACAGCAAUGCUGUGGCUGCAUCUGGAUCAGCAGUGUCCUAUUCCAGCUCCCUGGGUGCAUUUUGCCAGCAGGGAGGAGUGCUGCAUGAGAGCUAAUCUCUGCUGUUGCGAAGCCGCCCCCAUCUUCCCCUCCUCUUUGGCCUUUAUGGAUUACUGGUGAAACUCACUUGUACAGUUUGGAUGUUUGAUAGAUAAAGCACGUAUGAAAAAAAAAAAAAAGGAAAAAAAUAUAAAUACAAGAAUCUUAACACUGUGCAUUCAGUGUCUUUUCUUUCUAGCUUAAAAGAAGGAAGGUAAAUAAUGUCAAGUCAAUGAAUAUCAGAUAUAUUUUUUGACUGUACAUUACAGUGAAGUGUAAUCUUUUUUUUACAACUGCGAGUCCAUCUUAUUUAUUCUUGUAAAUGUUCCCAGACAAUGUUUGUAAUAUGGGCUGUGUUGCAAAUCCAUAAAAUAAAUCUGUGAUCUGAGAUUAAUGUUUUACUAAGA